CGAUGCACAUGCAUCUACCUACCGACCGGUACAAUAUCUGAUCCCAAAAAAAAGUCAAAAAAUUGGAGUCGGCAUCUCUAUCCUCCUCCACUACCCCAAGCCCCCAGCGAUCGUAAUCCAGCACGCCAUGCGACGGUGAAGAUACCUCUGCAGAGUGAAACCUCCCUCAAGUGUCAUCUCCAUUGCUUAGGGCCGCACGCAGCGAUCGCAGGUUACCCGUGCGAGUGGGUGGCCACCGCAGCAUUCGCACUGGGCGCCGCUGAGGGGUUCCAAUGUGGAUGGGGUAGCGGAAGAAGAGUAAUGAAAGCCUUCAACCAUUUGACCAUUACAGCCGGUAAUUGCGAACAAAAUUGUAUCACAAGUAGGGUCGAGGGCUGGCGGGGGACGUGCGGUGGUUUAUGGGUGGGGCUGCUGAGGUAA